CCCGCGCGCGGCGCCAUGUCCUGGAUGUUCAAGAGAGAUCCCGUUUGGAAGUACUUGCAGACCGUCCAGUAUGGAGUCCACGGGAGUUUCCCGCGCCUCUCCUACCCGACUUUCUUCCCGCGCUUUGAAUUCCAAGAUGUCAUUCCUCCGGACGACUUCCUGACCAGUGACGAAGAGCUGGACUCAGUCUUGUUCGGGACUUUGAGAGGGCAUGUGGUCGGACUGCGCUAUUACACGGGAGUUGUUAAUAACAAUGAAAUGGUUGCAUUACAACGAGAACCCAGUAACCCUUAUGAUAAAAAUGCAAUUAAAGUGAACAAUGUGAAUGGAAAUCAGGUUGGCCAUUUAAAGAAAGAGCUUGCAGCUGCUUUGGCCCAUAUCAUGGACAACAAACUCGCACAAGUUGAAGGGGUAGUUCCUUUUGGUGCAAACAAUGCUUUUACUAUGCCUCUGCAUAUGACUUUCUGGGGCAAAGAAGAAAAUAGAAAAGCGGUUUUAGAUCAGUUGAAGAAACAUGGAUUUAAAUUGGGUCCUGCUCCAAAAGCUUUAGGAUUCAGUUUGGAAAGCAGCUGGGGCUCUGGACGAGCUGGACCAAGUUACAGUAUGCCAGUUCAUGCUGCAGUACAGAUGACAACGGAGCAGCUUAAAACAGAAUUUGACAAAUUGUUUGAAGAUUUGAAAGAAGAUGAUAAAACUCAUGAAAUGGAACCAGCAGAGGCUAUUGAGACACCAUUGCUUCCACAUCAGAAACAAGCUCUAGCCUGGAUGGUUUCACGAGAAAAUAGUAAAGAACUUCCACCGUUCUGGGAACAGCGUAAUGAUUUAUACUAUAAUACAAUAACAAACUUUUCUGAGAAGGAACGACCAGAAAAUGUUCAUGGAGGAAUUUUAGCUGAUGACAUGGGCUUGGGCAAAACUCUUACAGCCAUUGCAGUAAUUCUUACAAACUUCCAUGAUGGUAAACCUCUUCCUGUUGAAAGAACUAAGAAAAAUCAACUGAAGAAGGAAAGUAAUAUUAAGGAUGAGUCUGUGAAACUUGGAAGAAACAGUACCAAUGAAAAGACUGAUGGAUUAGUCAAAGAGGGAUCUAGAUGUAGUGGAGAAUCCAGUAUUUCAGAUGUCAAAGAAAAAAAUAAAUAUUCUAAAUCAGAGUUAUCUAGCUCCCGCCCUAAAAGAAGAAAAACUAUUAUCCAGUACACAGAAAGUAGUGAUUCAGAGGAAGUUGAAACAAGUGAAUUGCCACAGAAAAUGAAAGGCAAGCUGAAAAAUGUCCAGUUGGAGAGUAAAAGCAAAGUAAAAGCAGGGUCAUCUAAGGUGAGAGCAGAGACAGAGUUUGCACGUGCGCUCACUUCAUCCUCCUCUGCAACAAAGAAGAAAAUGCUAAAAAAGGGAGCAUCUGCAGUGGAGGGUUCAAAGAAAACUGAUGCUGAAGAGAGACCAAGAACAACACUCAUCAUCUGUCCGCUUUCUGUCUUAAGCAAUUGGAUUGACCAGUUUGGACAACAUAUUAAAUCAGAUGUGCACUUGAAUUUUUAUGUUUAUUAUGGUUCUGAUCGUAUUAGAGACCCAGCCUUGCUUUCAAAACAGGAUAUUGUUUUGACUACAUACAAUAUUUUAACUCAUGACUAUGGAACGAAGGGGGAUAGUCCGCUGCAUAGUCUUAGGUGGCUGCGCGUGAUCCUGGAUGAAGGGCACGCUAUUCGCAACCCCAAUGCACAGCAGACCAAAGCCGUGCUGGACUUGGAAGCAGACAGAAGAUGGGUAUUGACAGGUACUCCAAUCCAGAAUUCUCUAAAGGAUUUGUGGUCUCUUCUUUCCUUUUUAAAACUGAAACCAUUUAUUGAUAGAGAAUGGUGGCACAGAACAAUACAGCGUCCUGUGACAAUGGGAGAUGAAGGAGGACUUAGGCGUUUACAGUCUCUGAUUAAAAAUAUUACACUUAGAAGAACAAAGACAAGCAAAAUUAAAGGAAAACCUGUUUUGGAGUUACCAGAACGCAAAGUAUUUAUUCAGCACAUUACACUUUCAGAUGAAGAGAGGAAGAUUUAUCAGUCUGUAAAAAAUGAAGGCAGAGCCACUAUUGGAAGGUAUUUUAAUGAAGGGACUGUCCUUGCACACUAUGCAGAUGUCCUGGGUCUUUUGCUUAGACUGAGGCAGAUUUGUUGUCAUACUCACCUUCUGACAAACGCAGCAUCUUCCAGUGGUUCCUCAGCCUUUUCUCUAGGAAACGAUACACCUGAAGAAUUGCAAAAGAAGUUAAUAAGGAAAAUGAAGUUAAUUCUGAGCUCAGGUUCUGAUGAGGAAUGUGCAAUUUGCUUGGAUUCUUUAACAGUUCCCGUGAUAACACGCUGUGCACAUGUCUUUUGUAAACCCUGUAUUUGCCAAGUCAUUCAGAAUGAGCAGCCACAUGCUAAAUGCCCUUUAUGCAGAAAUGAUAUACAUGCAGAUAAUUUACUCGAAUGUCCUCCUGAAGAAUUGUCAUGUGAUACUGAGAAAAAAUCUAACACAGAGUGGACAUCCAGUUCAAAGAUUAAUGCUUUAAUGCAUGCAUUGAUUGAAUUAAGAAAGAACAACCCAAACAUAAAAAGUUUAGUUGUUUCCCAGUUUACAACAUUUCUGUCUUUAAUAGAAACACCACUCCGAGCCUCUGGGUUUGUGUUUACGCGUUUGGAUGGUUCCAUGGCCCAGAAGAAGAGAGUGGAGUCAAUUCAGUGUUUUCAAAACACUGAAGCAGGAUCCCCAACCAUAAUGCUUCUGUCCUUAAAAGCUGGUGGCGUUGGCCUGAAUCUUUCUGCAGCUUCUCGAGUGUUUUUAAUGGACCCAGCCUGGAACCCCGCUGCUGAAGAUCAGUGCUUCGAUAGGUGCCACAGACUUGGCCAGAAACAAGAGGUCAUCAUCACUAAAUUCAUUGUGAAGGACUCUGUUGAAGAAAAUAUGCUGAAAAUACAAAACACAAAGAGAGAACUUGCAGCGGGAGCCUUUGGAAGUAAAAAGUCAAAUGCUAAUGAAAUGAAGCAAGCUAAAAUAAAUGAGAUCAAAACUUUAAUUGAUUUAUAAUUUGUGAGAUUUGGUAAGAUUGUUUUUACAUAAAGGAGAUUGAAUUUCAGCAUCUGAAACUCAGAGAAAUAAGUUAUCAGAUAACUUAUUCAAGUAUAAAAAUGGAUCUUAAUCCAUUUUUGUAUUUGUAUAGUAAGCAGAGAAAAAAAGCAAACCAUGGCAUACUAUUCUAUUUCAGGAGAAGUCAAGUCUUAGCAUGCCCCCAACUCUGAAUUAAAAAGGUAAACACGACACAACUUUAUUUGUAGUUGUUCUUUUAUGGUCAUGUUUCCUGUAUCACUACAGGAGUUCAGAUUGUUGUUUGGAAAGUCUUUAUUGUUAGAAGUUGAAUCCCUGCUAUGCAGCAACCAUCUUUCAUGUACCUUCUGCUAAAAGCCCGAUUCCCUCUUGUAUUCAGUGUAAAUAAUGUAGCAAGUGGUCUCAGAUGCGACGUGGGUCAGAAUCAACUGGGGUUCUGGAUGGUAUAUAGGGUGAGGCUGUUGUGGCUUUCGACCAAGACCCCGAAUCAGAAUAUGUAAUACUGAGCUUCAAGAAACUGUACUUACACGAAGUCUCCAGAGUUUUCAGGAACGACCAACUUGAAGACUUGCUUGCUCACAUCCUCAAUCUUUCCUCACUUUUUACUUUUAAUCCAUUAGCGGUAUCUCUGCUUUCACUCUGGUGAAAGCAUGUUGGAUUCCUCUCAGUUCUCUGUUUCUACAUUUACAACCUGUGGGUCUGUAUGCCUUCCUAUCAAUUCUUUGGUUCUCAUUCAGGUUCGUUUCCACCAGCUGCAAAAGCAGUGUUCUUGAGUUGUGAAUUGCAGAAACAAAACAUUUUUGACCAUCUUUUAAGAACUGUAAUAGGUAGAAACUUUAUAAUUCAUUCAUUGAUAAUAUAAUGGAACCAAACCGCCUCAAAACCACUGGUCGCCUUUGGAAGAUGCUAGGAAGUCAGUUCCUUAUUUUGUGUACUGGCGAAUGAGAAAGAAACAUUUAUCAUGACUUUUCUAUAGAAACUUAACCUCAGGAUGAUCAAAUUAGUGGAAGCAUGUAGAAAUAUUUCAGCUAGUAGACAAGUCUCCAUUUUGAAAUCCAAUCUAGGCAAUCAUCAAUGGCGUAAAUGCAAGAAGAUAACACUUCUGUAAAAUACAGUACAAACGUUUGACACCUUAGAGCCAGAGAGAUGAGAUAGCUCAGCAGGGUGAAAGCAUGCUUCACAUGCAGGUGGCCAGGUUCAAUCAGUGGCACAAGGUUCCUCAGGCACCACCAGAAGUGACCCCUGAGCACUCAGUUAGGAGUAGUAGCUGUGAGCAUCGCCAAAGUGACCCCAAAUCCCCGCCCCCACCAACAAAAAAAAUCACAGCUUAACCUGAUAGUUUGAAUCAGUUCAUGGGAAAUGUAGAAUAUAUAGGAUAUAUAAGAACACAUGAUUGCCAAAUUUCAACCAGCGAACUAUAGACUGAGAUGAGAAAAUAAAAUCUGGUUUCUUCAUCAACAACAGUAACAAAAAUGGAGGGUGAGAAAAUAAGAUUCUAUUAGGGAAUAUCAAACAGUUGUGCUGUAUGGGCCCUACACAGAUUUUGAGAAAUAAGAUAGUAAGAUAAUGGAGAACAUUUCCUUUGGGAUUAACCGUUUUUUGUUUUGAUACCAAUUCCUGAAGUCGUUAUGUUUUAAAGAUAAAUGCAGAAAUGCUCUAAAAACUUAUUUAUGGGAUUUGUUUCCAAAUAAUCAUGUGGGGGAAGACGUGUAGAGGUAACGUAAAGUUGGAUGAUGGGAGUUCGUGAUACUCUUCUGCCUUUUUUGUGUGUGUCUGUACUUUCCCACUAAUAAAAGCUGAAUACAAAUUCUUCAUAAUCCCCAAUUUCUGUUGAACUUUUUGUAAUGUCACAUGUAAUAAAAAUGACUUGCAUUUAGAGGUCUUACCAGACCACAUUAAGUUAGGACUUUGCCUGUUCAUUUGUCAGUGUAGUUUGUUAAACAUACUUUGUAACUCCUAACAAAGACUAAGGAUCUAUGUCUAACUUAUACAUGCCUGUAUUUCUAAUGCCCAUCUUACCACAUGUGAUAGGGUAGGAGGUAUUAAGUACUCAUUGAAUGAGUAAUGUUGUCUCUCUUCGAUGUAUAUGUUGGCUUA